AAAUAUCUAGAAAUCCCCAAACGCGGAUCAAAUGCAAACAAAACUACCCUUUAAUCUACGCCCUUGGUAAACGAACCCCUAAUAUUGUCGUCUCUGCGGACCACAUCUGUCAAUUUUUCGACUCUAGUUUGGUUUGGUGUUGUGCUGUAGUUUCUAGUAAAUACUUAAAAGGUGCAAUGAUGUAAAUGGUCCUGUUCAGCAGGAGGAUUCUUACAUGUUGUGAACUACGAAAAAUUGUAAUAAUUGCAGUUGAUCAAUGAGUACUUACGUAAAGCAACCAGUGAGCUAAAUUGCGGUAGUGAGUGGAAGGGGUGAAUAUAUCUAGUCGUGAUUAGUGAGUGACAAACUGGAUUAAAGUUAAAAUUUAUGUGAUAAAAUUAUAUUUUAUUAAAAUUUUAAUUUCUUUAAAAAAAGAUUUGCGUGAUGCUGACGAGUUGUUUGGAUCGAGUUAUCUAGUUGUGUUCAUUGAUAAAUCAGGUUGCUGUUCGCCAGCUGGCUGCCAUCCAAAGUGAGUGUGAAAUUGCAAAAUUUAUUAUAAAUAAACAAUGAAGUCAUAUGAUUGUGAUUCCUCCUCGGAAAGUGAAGAUGCGUCACACGCCAUCUCACGCGGUAUGAUUCAACCCCCACAGUGGCUUAGGGGAAACUCGAUCGGGGCAAACUGGGGUUGGCAAGGGGUUGCUGGCAGUUCUACCGGACCAAGUUCUUCGGCAGCAGCAAUGGACCAUCCACAAAGUUAUUCUUCGUUUCCAGCUGCAAAUUCUCAGGACGAAUCUCAAGUUCCAGGUCGACGGACACCGUUAGGGACGGUGAGUUUAGGAGGAUUUUACUUUCAAGGAUGUCAACAGAACGUGACCACGCCUCACGGUCCACCUUCGGACGAAAAUAAUCCCGAUCCUGGUUGUUCAAUUCAACAUAGCAGCAGAUCUUUAGAAUCCAGAUCCGGAAGCACGAAUCCGAAUGUCAAAGGAAAGAAUCGUCAAGGCAAAACCGUUCGACUAAACAUAAAUGCCCGCGAGCGUCGAAGAAUGCACGAUCUGAAUGACGCUCUGGAUGAACUCAGAGCAGUCAUUCCUUAUGCCCACUCACCAUCUGUGCGGAAGCUGUCGAAAAUAGCUACUCUAUUAUUGGCUAAAAAUUAUAUUCUUAUGCAAGCUAAUGCUUUGGAGGAGAUGAAGAGACUUAUUGCCUAUUUACAAGGCACUGCCGGGGCUGGAGCUGGAGCUACAAUAGUCGCACCUCCAGGAUUCGAUCUCCAAGGGUUUCCAGCAGCAGCCAAGUUCCUACAACAACAACAAGCUCUCCAAGCGGAAAAUGCUCGACACAACGAAGGAAAUAAUGGAGGUUCCGGAUCUGCAAUGUGAAUCGCUUGCGAUAAUAAGAUAUAGAUUCAUAACAUGGUGCCGAAAAUUUAAUGCCCUGAGCUGAUAGAAAACUUUUUAAAUUGAUGUGCCAAUAGAAAACUGACUAGUUCAAAUCUAAUGCAAACAGUAAGUAGUGCAACUGAAUUGAUUUUGUAGACUUUGGGGAGAUUUUUAUGUGUGUUCAAGCUCUAUAUCGUAAGUCAGAUGCAUUUAAUAGAAAUACAUUAAUUCGAUUUAAAAAAAAAUUGAGGGAAACAAUGGAGUGGAAUAUGCUGCCUUUUCUGUGGUUAUUGCCAGUUUAUUACUUAAACAAGCAAAGACAUGAUUAUUCGUCCAAAACUUCUAAUAAAGUUAGUUCUUCAUC